GGAAAAUGUUGAUGCUAUUAAAAAUUAUAAUCAAUCUAGAAAAAAUUCUACAAAUGGUUUAUAUUAUUCUCAACUUAUUAACGGAGAUAAUGAUUUGGGUGGAGUUGAAUCAUCAAAAUCUAUUGAUCCAUUAAAUUGGUCAUCCAUUUCUUUUGAAGAUAUGUCAUUAGAGAAACUUUAUGCUCAGUUAGCACAAUAUGAACAUCCUAAUAUGACAAGAGAUCAAUUAAUUGCAAGAUUAAAAUAUUAUGAGCAACGUGAAAGGAAUCCAAAGAAUCGUAUUCCUGAUUCAAAAGGUCAUAAUAAACGUGCACGUCCCUCUGAUUCAAGAAGAUCGAGUAUGGAUUCUGAUGGUAGUGUUUCGUCAGCAACUCCGGAUGAAAUGGAGGACGUGAAAAGAGACUCUAAUCGGUCUGAAACUGCAGUGGCUGGUUAUUCCACUCAAAGUUCUCCAACAAUUUCAUCAUCAAACGUUAAACAAGAAGGUGAAGAGGAUAAAAAGGAUAUACAUAAAUGUAUGUGGAGAGGAUGUACAAAAAUACUUAUUUCAUUAGAAUCACUUAUUUCACACGUCGGUGAGACACAUAUUGGUAGUGGAAAAGCUACAUAUUCUUGUGAUUGGGAAGGAUGUACGAGAGGUCAAAAACCGUUCACAAAACGUCACAAAAUGUACAACCACUUACGAACACACACUGGAGAAAGACCAUUUGUGUGUACAAUAAAUGGCUGCGGAAAAAGAUUUUCAAGACCUGAUUCCUUGACAACUCACAUAAAGACGCAUUCCAAUCAUCGUCCGUACAUAUGUCCCUAUAAAGGAUGUAAUAAGGCGUAUUAUCAUUCACGUUCUCUUCGUAAACACGAAAAGACGCAUGAUGUUAGAGCGCCCCAUACGUCUUUACCUCCAGUUCAUCCUUCUGGUAUCGCCAUAUCGGCUAAUAAUGGGAUGCAUAUAAAUUUCCAAAAUCGUAUAUUCUCUGCAACUCAACCGCAACCCCCUCCACCACAUCAACCACAUCAACCUCAUCAUAUUUUCCCACAAAAACCUGCAGGAAUUGACUCAACCUCAACAAGUACCUCGCAUGAUAUUAGAUCAGUUCCACAACCAAUUCAUCAUUUACCGCCCGUCCAUCAAUUACAUCCUCCGUCACCUGUAGGGUCAACACCGAAUAGUACUUUUGCUUAUCCCCAUCCUCAACAUCGUUUAAUGCAGCCACCGCCAAAUACAUUACCUCCGCAUAGUUAUCAUUACCAUUCACAUCCUCCAGUUCAACCACCACCAUUAAAUCAUCGUCCCGAAUUAAUUCACCAUCCCAGAGUCAAUUUUUCCGAAGCUUCGCAGACAUCAACUAGUUCAACAUCAGCUCACUUUUAUCCUCAUACGACUCAUUCAUUCUCACAGCCUCCAUCUACUAACAUGCCACCACGUUCAAAUAAUAAUAAUAAUAAUCCGUCUGCAAAUAAUAAUUAGAGGCUUGUUGAGUGCAAUUCUUUCGGUUUUCGUAUUACGGUAAAAAUUUUCUCGAAAAUUCGUUUCGUGUUUAUAUAUAUAAAAAUAAGCAGUUUCAAUAAAAAAAAGGAGCAUGACUCCAUAACUUUUCUUUUUUUUU